CAACGGUAUAUUGAUUUCUCGAUUGUAUGUUUCUAUAGAUAAAGAUUUCGUGGUAUAUCGAUAGUUCAUAUGGUUCAUGGUAUAUUGAUCUCAUAAUACAAUAUAGAGAAAUGGCAAUAGAUGAGAUGGUGAGAGCAGGCAGUAAGGCUGAGAUGUCAAUCGAGAAGCGUCUUUGGAAUGUGUUGAAAAUGGGUAUUUUUAUGGCGAGAAAAGGGGUUUUGAAGCACAGCAGAUUGCUUAAGAUGGUUGGGAAGAACUUGGGUGGGAGCCUGAUGUUUAAUCAGAGCUCUACUAAAAAUGAAAUGGGUGUUAAGCAAUAUGAAUUUUCAUGCAGCAGCAGCCCUAAACAUCCUGUCUUUCGUUUCAGGAAGAGGAAGCAGCUGCACCAUUGCUUGCCUUCUUUAUCUAUUCCAUGCAUGCACUCACACCCACAAGCAGAAGAAAUGGUGUUGAACAGUUUCAGAUAUAGUGUGGGUCCAAUGUUCUUGGACAUGACUAAAGAGUACAUAACCAGAGACAAUCUUGAGGUCUGUCAGUUUAAUGUUGUUGAUAAAGAAUUUUGUUACAGUGAUCAUUUGCAGAUAUUUGAGGAGUGGAAAACAGCUUGUUCCUCAUCACUGCACAGUAGCUCAAGAUGGUCUAUUCGUGAAGGUGAAGAAGGGCUGUACCCAGUGGACAAAAAGGCAGAGGAGUUCAUUAAAAAGUUCUACAAUGAAAUGGAAUUGGAGAGGCAGUUUUCUUUCUGUCAGUACAGGGAGAUGCUGGCCAGAAGUGUCAGUUGAGUAUUUCUUUUCGAGGGGAAAUGUUGAGAAGUAUCUAUGUAGUUUCUAGGAUGUACCAAUGUAUAAGUGAUAGUGUAUGAGAGUAACUUAUCACUAUCACUUAUGCAUUGGUGCAUUUUAGAGGCUGGAUAGCCAUUUCCAGAAAUGUUUCUUAUAAGCAAAUUGUAAAUGUUAUGUACUAGAGGUGUCAGUUAAGUUUUUUUUUUUAGGAGAAAUGUUCCGAAGCGUCUAUGCAGCCCCUAGAAUGCACCAAUGCAUAAGUGAUAGUGUAUGAGAGUAACUUAUGUAUUGGUGCAUUUUGGAGACUGGAUAGCCAUUUCUAGAAAUAUUCCUUAUCAGCAAGCCUGUUAAUGUUAUGUACUAGAGGUGUCAGUUAAGUUUUUCUUUUAGUGAGAAAUGUUCUGAAGCAUCUAUGCAGCCUGUAGGAUGUACCAAUGCAUAAGUGAUAGUGUAUGAGAAUAACUUAUGUAAAUGUUAUGUAGCUUAUAGAUAUUAUGUAGAGGCAUUUCUCAAUGCCAUCUAAUUCAAGGACGGAAAAUAUUAUGUUGCUUCUUCCUUCAA